AUGGCGGAGAGGUCACAUGGAUCCAGCAACUCCCAAGGAGGCCAAGAGAAAAGCAGGAGAGAGAUCCUGAGGUCCACCAAGACGGCAUGGGCUCGCCUAGAUGAGCAACUGCUGCCCGGCUCUGAGGAGGAAAGCCAGAGUCUCCCCAUCCCCAUGCUGGAAGAUUCCAAACAAGCAAGUAUUCAGCAGUGGCUGGACUCUGGAUUCUUGGGCUCCAUAAAUGAAAACUUUCAGCAAGCCAUCGACCAUACUGUUUCUGUGCGUGAACAGGGGAUGGUGUGCAUGACCGUGACGGAGUACAUGAGAUCUCUGCAUCCGUUUUCAGAAACUCCCACCCUUUCCAGAGGGACCAGUUUCAACUCUUGCCAUUCUACAGCAAGUAUACCACAAAGCAUUCCUGAAUGGCUGGAAUUUUGGGAAAAAGAUCCAGUGGAGAUUCUCUUGGAUCUGGGGUUUGGUGCAGAGGAGCCAGACAUCUGCACCCAAAUCCCAGCCAGAUUCUUGGGUUCUGGUUCAGCAGCCAGAGGAAUCAACAACCAGGUUUUUCUUGAAGCUCAAAAGCAGCGAAUGGACCUUGAGAACCCGGACCUGUAUGGUCGCUUCCGACAACUAGAGAUCCUGGACCAUGUAGCCAAUGCCUUCUCAUCUUUGCUGAAUGAUGUUAACAUCCUGCAGAACAAUGCAGAAGAGAAAGAUGGAGGGGGAAAUGUGCAAGGGACCUCAGUGAGUGAGGCCAAAGAACAUGGAAGAAGAAUGGGUGGACUUUCCAGGAGAGCUUCAAAGCAGACUAUUGGGAAGGAUGGUAGCUCAGAACUGUCAGAGUUCUUGAAGAAGAGUGGCAAAUUUUCCAUCACCUCUGCAAAAUCGGGAAAAUGUGGAGCAGAAUUACCAACUGUGACAAACCACCAAGACCAAAGUUAUUUGUGUCCUUCAUCAGAACACUUGUCUCUCCAAGCAUUCGGUGACUUGGUACCUUGUCACUCUCCCCAAGCUCUUCUGAGCAAGCAAUGGCCUCGCUCAUCCACACUGGCCAAGAGGGCUCCUCCUUCCUAUCUGUAUGAGGGGUCAGUCAAGGACAGAACUCAAAAGGUGAACUUGAUUCAAGCUAACAAGCUCAAGAGCUUCUCUCGUCUUGCAGGCCGAGUACCAGACUCCUUUGAAAUGGAAGAGGUCCAGAGCUUUGAGGAAGAGACUGGUAAUCCUCUUGACAUGACUUCAGGAUUUGCAGGUGCCACCGUGAACAGAGAAAACAGCUGCCAGUCUGACAGCAGCGGGUUCCUGGAUGAACCAGCAGAAGCACCACCCCUGCAGCUGCCUUCCUUGCCAAGCAGCCAGAGUCCUGCUGAGGAUGGAUGUGGACAGCCAAGGGAUCAGAGCCAGCAUGCAGUCUCGGCCCAGGGCUGCCAACAAGAGUCAGAGGAGUCUGAUUACAGCGGCGUGUUGAGCACAUCCUUUCCAUACCAAGGCUGGAGUAUCUUGGAAGAAAAGGCCUCAGCAUAUGUGGUGGAGAAGGAGUCUCAGUUUGAGGGUACGGAGGAGCCACCAGAGCCAUUGACCCCAGAUAUGGCCCUUUACAAGAGCCCUAGAGGAGGAGAACGCCCAGGGGAAAAGAGCCAUGUGAGGCAGCCCCCGCCCAUGCCCCAAACUGAACGUGAGACUGUGGUGGGCACAGUUACCUCCAGAUGUGACUGUCCUCUGGGGUUUGUGGUGACCCAUAUCACAAAAAUGAAGGAUGGGUUGCUGAAGCCUGAGGGGGCUGGGGAACCAUAUGUGCAAAGCCACCACCGCGAGUCCCAAAGAUCACCUGCUGCCGACAAGUUCCUUCAUGUUGCCUCCGAGGCCCCAACAGGAGCAGAAAGCAGUAAAACUUAUUCUGACACCAACAAUGUCUCACUGGUAGGAGAAAGUCCACCACAGCAUGUCCCCAAGCCCAGUAACAUCACGCCCUACACAGUUGACCUCAGUCAAAUAUCCGAAAAGUCCAUUUCCCACCAAGACAAACUGGCUGGAGAUACUCCCCAAGCAAAGCCAACAUUUAGUGCUUUGGGUCAAAUACCAUUUAUGACAGAAUCUGAGGUGGAAAACCUUCCUCCAAAUGCUGACUCAAACACCAUUAGCUCCAAGGCUGUGACAAUCCAGAUGUCCUCCAAUCUGGCAUCGGCUGCUCAGAACGCUGUGCCUUUGGGGACUGAUUCUAAAGGAACAACUUUAGAAUGCACUAUGUGUGACCCUGUGCCCACAACAGAACCAGGACUGGGGACAGAAUCAAGACAGUGCAGUGAUGUUUCCAUUCAGACCUACAUAUGUGAGCCUCGGCCCCGACAUUGCUGUACAGCCCCACGUAACGAGGCCCAGCGCCUCACCAAAUCCGUCUCUCUAGACACAGGCUUCCGUCAUAUCUACCCAGCAGGCACCUGCCACUCUGUACCUGCCCACUGCUGUGUCUGCUGUCAUCAUUGUCCCCACUGCCACUCAGCCUGUAGACACUGCCCAUGCUCGCAUAAUCACCUGGAAGCCCAGUUCAUGAAGACUUUGAAUGUCCUUCAGGACACUACAGUGAGGGAGUUGUGCUCAUGCACAGUCCAGGGGAUGGAAGCCAUGAAGAUGGUGUGCCAGCGUUUCCGGGAGCAUUUGGAGGAAAUUGAACGGCACCUUACAGGACAGCAGGCACUGUUUUACAGGGACAUGACAGAGGAGGAAAGGGAAGAGGCGGAGCAACUGCAGACUCUACGCCAGGCCCUGCGGCAGCAGGUGGAAGAGCUGGAGUUUCAGUUAGGAGACCGGGCUCAGCAAAUCAAAGACGAGAUUCUAUUGCUUGGGCUUCUCACAGAGGAACAACAUAAACAUUACACAAAUCUGCAUCACUGUAACUGGACAGAAGAAAAGAGUGGCCAGACUUCAUGUGCUAAACUCCACUCAGCCAUGGACUGCCGCAUUGCCUUUCCUCUGGACGGUAACCAGCAGGUUCCCAGCUCAAGUGUGACACACAUGGCUGCCUGUUCUCCACCCACCUGGGACAGCAACACCAGGAUGUCUCCUCCAGCUCAGGCCGAGUUGGGUCCAGUCCCUUUGUCAAAUUGUCCUAUUGGAGAAAAGGAUACAAAUGACUUCCUCUAGAUCAGAGUGGUUUUGAUGAUCUUCCUGCAAAAUAUAAGAGCACAUUCUAGCCAGACAAGGAAAUCUAAAAUUCCCCAAAAA